AUGAAUGUUGAUGAGGUUGACUCGCUACAAAGCAUCACUGAUGCAGUAAGCCUCAGUGACUGUCUUCGUGAUGAUGGAAGUCUAGACAUCCAGCGUUACCGAAGCUACCUGCAACAAGAGGACGCUGAAGAAGACAACGAGGAGGCAUAUUUAUGUGCUUUGCACAGGGAACGAGAGACAAUGGAAGCAGAAGCCACGUCGUCAGCAUCAAAAAAGCCCAGAACAAGGCGCAGCAAAUCCAUCAAGCCCUACUAUUUUGACGCCGAUGGAAACAAAGUCACUUUGAAGCCCAGGCAAACUGUGUGUAAAUUGGUGUUGUCCCAAAACGCCCGUGAGAAAUGCACUUUAAUUCUGUACCUUUGCUACAUAGCAUUCCCUAGUCUGGACUGUGCCAAAUUCUGCAAGAAGUUUCGAAGAAGGUUUCGCAUGCCGUAUCAAGAGUAUCUGGGUGUCUUGGCCAAAGCCAAAGCAAAUGAUGCAUUUCGUCGCUGGAGAUCCAAGGAUGCUGUGGGAAUUGCAAGCUCGCCAAUUGAAUUAUUGACACUUGGUGUUCUUCGCUAUCUCGGAAGGGGUUUGACGUUCGAUGACUUGGAAGAGAUGACAGCCAUCCACGAGGAAACCCAUCGCCAAUUCUUCCAUACAUUUAUUGAUUUUGGAGCAAACAUUCUCUACCCACUGUAUGUGAAGAUGCCACAGAAUGCAGAAGAAUUCGCGGAUCAUCGAAAAGAGUUCAAUGUGGGAGGCUUGACUGGGGCAGGAUGGUCCACAGAUGCUACCAAUGUUGUCAUGUGGCGUUGCUCCCAUAAUCUCAAGCAGGCGAACAUGGGCUUCAAGCAGUCCCAUCCUGCCAGAACAUACAACAUGACAUGCAACCAUCGUCGGGAGAUACUUCACACAACCAAAGGGCAUCCUUCUCGCUGGAAUGACAAGACACUUGCUCAUUUCGAUGAAUUCAUGAACAGCGUCUAUCAAGGAAGGAUCUUGCAAGAUGUCAGAUUCCGGCUGUUCUCUUGGGAAGGUGAUGUUGGAAGCUCCCGUCUUGAAUCAACCACUUAUGCCGAUGCCUGGGGCUUAGUUGACAAUGGCUAUCACCAUUGGGCGUGCACACAAGCCCCUUCCAAGCUCAAUUUGAUGCGAUCAAAAGAAAGGUUGAGCCAGUGGAUUGAAUCAGUUCGCACAAAGAUGCAGAGUGUUGCUUUGGCAUUUUGA